AGGAAAGAUUGUCCUGGGAUACACUGAAGCAGAGCUGUGUAUGAGAGGAACAGGAUACCAGUUUGUUCAUGCAGCUGAUAUGCUUUAUUGUGCUGAAAAUCAUGUCCGAAUGAUGAAGACAGGUGAGAGUGGAAUGACUGUAUUUAGGCUUCUAACCAAAGAAAAUCGAUGGGCCUGGGUACAGGCAAAUGCACGUCUUGUCUACAAAAAUGGAAGACCGGAUUACAUCAUUGCCACGCAAAGACCUCUUACAGAUGAAGAAGGGGCAGAACAUCUACGGAAGCGUAACAUGAAGUUGCCCUUCAUGUUUGCCACUGGUGAGUCAGUUGAGGUUUCUUUCCCAUUGUCGAUCCUUAUCGAUCCCUCUCAGCUGAAGAAUAAAAGCGCAAUGGGAAAAGGAGCCAAAGCAACGCCACACAAUGAUUCCGUGGAUCCAAACUCCCUCCUAGGUGCCAUGUUAAGGCAAGACGAGUCUGUGUAUCUCUGCCCUCCAGCAUCACAUAAACUUUCCUUUGAGCGGAACUUCUUUGCAGACAGCAGGGAUGAACUGGGCGGUGUUGUUAGCAGUGGCUGGACAGAUAAUCUCCUACCUGCUGGAAAUCACAACGUUCUCAAACGGGAGCUAAUGGAGUGUUCCCAGGACAGUACUGUUCCGCUUCCUGAAGACAGUGCAGCACUCUUUCAAGAUAACAAAACCAGUGAUUUGUACAGCAUCAUGAAAAAUCUGGGUAUUGACUUUGAAGAUCUAAAGUGUACUCAGCAGGAUGAGGAGUUUUUUAAAACUGAAUUAUCUGGUGUGGAUGAUAUUGGGGAUAUCGACAUAACUGAUGAAAUCCUGACUUAUGUUCAGGAUUCCUUAAAUAAGUCUGACUUCUUAUAUUCAGGCUGUAACCAACAGCAGCCCCUGGUCCAGAAUGAAGGUUGCUUGGUACAGCAAGAGUUAGAUCCACAUCAACUUCAUCAGCACCAGAAACAGCUCGUGGAGCAGCAGCAACAGCAGCAGCAACAGCAGCAGCAGCAGCUCUGUCAAAAGAUGAAACAUAUGCAAGUCAAUGGGAUGUUUGCAAAUUGGAGCUCUGGCACCAGCAUGCCUCUUAGCUGCUCGGAGCAGCAGCCCCAGCAGUAUGUAUUCCCUGGCAUGCAUGCCACUGCAUCCGAGUUCUCUUACAAAUCAGAAGUAAAUGCUUCCCCUUAUGCGUGUAGGCAAGAGUUUGUUCCUUACAAGCAGCCCACAGCAAUGAUGCCACAGCUUUCUAAUUUUGCUCAAAUGGAUUUCCCUGUAGCAGGUUUUGACAGAUCGACCUAUUCUGCUUCUUCCAACUUGGAGGAUUUUCUCAGUUGUUUGCAGCAAGUCCCUGAAAAUCAUGAGUGUGGGAUAAACUCUGACUCGGUUAUGCUAACUCCUCAAACAUGCUAUGCAGGCGCUGUUUCUAUGUACCAGUGCACCCAAGAAGCACAGCCCAGCUGCGUGGAUCAAAUGCAAUAUGAUCCUAUGAUGGCAAGUCAACAAACGCUAUUGAACAAGUUCCAAAACGGUUUCAAUGGAGGAAAUGUAAAUGAAGCGUAUCCCUCUCAGUUAGAUGUGAUCAGUAAUGCACAGACUGCCACACAUCUUCAGCCUCUUCAUCAUCCGACAGAACCCAGAUCCUUCUCAGAUUUGGCAUCUAGUGGAUUUAUGUGAUUCAGAUCUAGAGCUCCAUCUGUGAUUUUGUCUGGGUGUCAGGCUGCUCUGAGGAAAAGCUUGAUAAGUCUAUAUUUGAGCAUUGGACUUUAACAGCUAAAUUACAUUUUGAGAAUAUGAGGUUGGUUGCACUAUAUACUGGUGGAUAUGUAAUCCAAGACCUGGCUUUUUAGAGUGACAGGUGGAAUUGAAACUUCUGACUAAAAGUAUGCAUGUGCUGUUUUCCAUCAGAUUUACUGUGUCAUUGCAGUAUGGAUUACAUAUGUACUACAGGCUAUGUCAUGCUAUACAACAUAAGAUAAGGCAAAUGGUUUUGUUGUUUAGAAAAUAAUUGGGCACUUUACAAAUAGCAUCAAUGGCACAAGGAAGAUGAUUUCACAUGUGGAUUAUUUCCAGACUUUAUUUUUUGAAAACUAUUAAAAAGCUCUGAAUUCAUGAGAAUCAAAAGCACUUAAUUUUAAUGCAUACUAAGCUCUUUAAUCACUUAUUUCAUAUUUAAAUCCUUUUGUUUUAAGUCUCCAUUUCUAGCACUUUAAUAGAAGGCUUAAUACAAGGAUAUGAUAUGCAACUUCAGGUUUUCUAUGAAACAGACCCCUUGCAUUCCUCCUUUUCUCGUCAACCUUAAGUGCCUCACAAUUUAACUACGUUGUUUCUGAUGGGAGCUUAUUUUAGCAAAACUCACUAGAAAUGUCAUCCAUAUUAUGCGAACUUUUAUCUAACAUCUACAGUGCUACUGGCUGUAUCUUUUUUCUCCCCCCACCCACGCUCCCAAUUUGUUUGUUUAGAGAAUGACUUAAUUCUUUAUCUGUGGAUUUGUUA